GCAGCUCUCAUCACUGCUACCGAGGAGAGCUCUAAAUGUGACAAGUGGUGAGAAACUGAACUUCUGUUUUCUGCUAAAGGACGGCGCGGAUGAGCUCAGGCUCAAUCACGUGGAUGAAGAGAAGGACACACGGGCUGAAAACACUCCUCAUUAACUUGUCAGCCACACACAUGGACUAUGUCACCCUGACGUCCCUCUGCUGCACUCCUCUCCCUCAGCUAUCUCACUCCUCUCUCCCACCACCAUGGAGGCUGUGGCUCUCUUCUCAUUUGCAGCAUCAGAGCCAGACGAGAUCAGUUUUCAGAAGGGGGACGUUGUCAAAGUGACAGAAAUGGAGGAAGACUCUUGUUGGUUCACAUCGGAGAUCCAGGGGAAGCGAGGCUACGUACCAGAGAACUACAUCUACCUACUCCCUCAUCCUUGGUUUGCAGGUGCGGUGUCCCGACUUGAAGCUGAGGAGCGUCUGCGCUGGCAGGAAACAGGAGUGUUUCUGGUGAGGGAGAGUGAAUCAGCCCCAGGAGAGUUUUCUCUCUCUGUUAGCUACGGCGACAGGGUGGAGCACUUCAGAGUCCUGGAGGGGGGCGGUCAGUACUGCAUCUGGGACAAGUCCUUUUGCUCCCUAAACCGCUUGGUGGACUUCUACAGAACUCACAGCAUCGCCAUGGAGAAAAUGGUGUGCCUCAGGGAUCCUCCCUCGUCUCCUCGUCUUCAUCUUGGCCGAAACCCGUACCCUAACCCUUACAGGAGCUCCGCUCAGGAGUCCAUCCCCUCCUCCCGCCUUCUUUCCCAUCCUGAGCGAGGAACUUCCACGCAUUCCAUGAAACCAGUUUUAGAGAAGCCUCGUCUGGCUCAUGCCCUCUGCGACUACACCCCCCGUCAAACAUCCCACCUUCACUUCAAACGGGGAGACAUCAUAGACCUUCUGGACUGUUCCAACUCCCUAAGCUGGAGAGGACGCUGCCGGGGCCGGGUCGGCGUCUUCCCACCAGACUAUGUCCAACCAGUCCACCAUUAACUCCACAUCAGACCUUCAGCUCUGCGGCUCUGACACUAAUCCAUCCUAUUAGCUCCUUACAAGAUGAGGUUCGGGGGUGACAACAUUUAUUUUUUGAUUCUCCAACAGGGUAAUAACAGAUGUUUACAAACUGAACUAAAUCCUGCUGAUUAACUCUGACCAGUUAAAGGAUUGUUGUUUUUAUGUGGGGAUGAGAGUGUGAAUAUUCCUGCUGUAGACAGCAGUCAGAGCAAUCUCAGCUUGGAGAAUCAGGAAGAAGUUCACAUGAGAAGGUCAAGCUAACGGGUAAAACUGGCUUACUCCGAGUCCACACUGAGGGCAUCAGCGGCGCGCAACAGCAGCGGAACACUGCUGCUUCAAAUAUAAUCUAUUAUAGUAUAAAUGGUAAAUGGCCUGUGUUUGUAUAGCGCCUUCUUAGGGUACUCAACCCCCCAAGGCGCUUCACAACACAGUCAUUCACACACACAUUCAUACGCUGGUGAUGAUGAGCUGUGAUGUAGCUACAGCUGCUCUGAGGCACACGGACAGAGGUGAGGCCUGCUGGACACAGGUGCCACCGUCCCUCUGACCACCACCAGCAGGCAAGGCAGUUUAAGUGUCUGUCCCAAGGACACAAUAGCAGCAUUCUAUAGUGGGAGCCGGGGUUGAACCUGCAACCUUCCGAUUACUGGACAACUAGCUCUACGCUAUAUAUAUGCACCAAACCGGCCACGGCAUGGGACAUUUCAAGCAGCCGUUCACCACGCUGUGAGUCUAAAGAUGGGACUGGGUUAUAUUUUUGCCAAGAGCUGCUUGUGGGAUGCAUCAAUUUAUGCAAUUAACACAGUCCAAGACAGAAAAUGUCAUACAUUAUUAGUGUAAAAUAUCUGGUAAUUUUCUAAAUAAAAGUCUAUUGCAGAGAUGCAAUGUCUUAUCUAUGUAGCGAAUGUCUACAUGUGACCUCAUGAAAUAUAUUUACCACCAGUAUCUUUCAAGAAGUGCAACAGUGCAUCAUCCUUCAUGGAUGGGAUCUCCACUUUCUUCUUUUUGCCUUAAUGGCGGAUGAAGUCUUGAGGGAUUUGGUGAUUUCACAAGUCCAGCAAGGAGGUCAGCAGAGACGCUGUGAUUGAUGCGCCUCGAAAAAUCGCCCCCACUGUCAUUCCGCACCGCUGAUGCCCCCAGUGUGAACCCGGGGUUAUUUGAAACGACGGACACUUUAAACCAAGAUCAGUUUAAUUGUUGUCUGCUGCAGAAGUACUACAUACAGCCCCAUUUUGAAAAACUUUACCCUGAACUCAAAGUUAUAGUUUGGUAUUAAGCUCAUUUUUCUUAUCUGUUUAGGAUUCUCAAGUGUUGUGCAAGCGUAAAAAAUCUGCUUAGCUUUUAACUAAAAUGAUCAAAUAAAAAUAAAAGAAAACACG